GGCUCUAUGUCAGUGAGGUUAAUCUCCUUUCCUAUCACACACACACACACACACACACAAUAUAAAGUGAAACUAGAAUAAAAGCAAACUGAGAGGACAGGAGAAAGACACACAGGACAGUGAUCUGGUAGAUCCAAAUACUUUAAGUCUUCACUUACUCCUCAUCUAACAACAUGGACGACACAAGGAGAGUUGUCAUUCUGGGAAAAACUGGAGUCGGGAAAAGCACCCUGGCUAACACCAUACUUGGAGAGGAACCAUUCAAGGUUGAUGCUACUUCCAACUCUGCAACAAGAGAAUGUCGAGCACAAACCAGAUCUGUCAAUGGAAGAAACAUCACUUUGGUCGACACUCCUGGUGUCUUUGACACAGAUAGACCAGAGGAGGAGCUGAAGCGUGAGAUAGUGAGGUGUAUCAUAGAGUGCGCUCCUGGGCCUCAUGCUUUUCUCAUUGUGCUGAAAGUGGAGAAAUUUACAAAGCAGGAGCUGGCCGUCAUCAACAAAAUACGCCAAUACUUCUCUGAAGAAGUCUUCAAAUAUGCCACAGUUGUCUUCACUCAUGGAGACCAGCUGGAGGGACAGACAAUUGAGGAAUUUGUCCGUCAGAAUAAGUCAUUGAGUGAUCUGGUGAAGAAGUGCGGAGGCCGCUGCCAUGUCAUUGAUAAUAAAUACUGGAAAGACAAACCAAACGAUGAAUACAGGAGCAACAAGUACCAGGUACCCAAACUACUUAACACAAUAGAUAAGGUAACUGGGGCAAACAGAGGAGGCUGCUACACCAAUGAGGCGCUCCAAGUAGUACAGGAAAUAAUUAAACAAAAGAAGAUGCACAUUAGAGAGUCAUCAGGAAACAUGUCAGAAGAAGAGAUCACACGGCAGGCUGAAGACAGAGUAGAUAAGGAGAUCUGGAUCAGACUGGCAGGUGUUGGAACAGGUGCAUUGUUAGGAGCUUUGUUUGGUGCAGUAGCGAUGGUCGGAGUAGUUGUCUACGCUUUAAAGAAACUAGUGCCUGCAUCAGGAGCAGCAGCUGUGGGAGGAACAACAGCAGCAGGAGCAGCAGCAGGAGCAACAGCAGGAGGAGCAGCAGCUGUGGGAGGAACAACAGCAGGAGGAGCAGCAGCUGUGGGAGGAACAACAGCAGCAGGAGCAGCAGCAGGAGCAACAGCAGGAGGAGCAGCAGCUGUGGGAGGAACAACAGCAGGAGGAGCAGCAGUAGCAGGGGGACUAGGAGUAACUGCAACAACAUUCAUCGCAGCUGCAGGGGUAUCUGCUGCAGCAGGAGCAGUAGUGGGAGGUUAUACAGGAUAUCAUGCAGCUGAGGGAGCAGACACGCCAUGGGACGCAGUAAAGAUGUCAGCAGCUGCUGUCAAGAGGGGAGUCAAGAGGCUCCAUGAUGGACUGAUGAAGCCUCUUGGAUAAGAGGUGAAAUGUCUUCUAAGACAAAACUAAGUCCAGUUGCCUUGAGAUAUCAAUAGAGUCCUGUCUCCCUGUUGAUCACGUGAAAAUCUUGUUUUAACCCAUCGUUAACCUUUGAGCUGAGGUACAUUUAUUUAUGUCACAGGUUUUAUCUUGUCUGAGCUUCAAGCACCUUUUCCUGUUUCACAAGGUAUUUUCAUGCCUCCACGAUAGGCGGCCAGAGGCAUUAAGUUUUCAGGUUGUCUGUCCGUCCCUCCAAUUCUUGAUAACGUGGUAUCUCAAAAGAAUGCCAAAUUUGGCACAAAUGUCCACUUGGACACAACCAUGACCUGAUUAAAUUUUUGUGGUCAUUGGUCAAAGGCCAAGGUCAGUGUAACCUUGCAUCAGCCUCAAUCUCAUGAACACGACUCCUCUUGAACGCCUGGAAGGAAUUUUUUGAAUUUGGCAAAAAUAUCCACUUAGACUGAAGAAUUUGGUGUUCAAAGGACAAAGGUCUUGUUUUCUGAGGUCAGGGCUACGUCCCCAAUGUCCUCAAGUCCUAAAAAACACCCCCACGUACAGCAAACGCCAGGGGGUUGAAAACAAGCAACACAUUUGUUAUAUUUACUGAUAAAUAUUUUAAUGUUUCUUUACUAACUGGUUGUCAUUUUGCAAAAGUUGCCCCUGAGCACGGCAAGUUGAGCAUCCCUGCUGUAAACUGAAGCUACAAACCACAAAUAUAAAAUCGUUUUAACAUAUUUUAUGUCUGAGAUCUUUUAAAAAUGUUGUAAUCAAAUCAAUGUACUCAUUGUUCACUGUUCUCUGUUGCAAAAGCUAACCAGCAAAUAUCAUUUAAUCUAUGUACAACAUCAUUUUGUUCCAAUAGCUGUGAUUGUUAGUGGAUUAAAAUGUAUGACCAAGAUAAAUAUGAACAAUCAAUAAACUCAAA